AUGGAAGUUCAAGAAAACAGCAUCAUAACGUGUCCCGCACCAGCGGUCGAUCACCUAGAACGGCACGGAUAUCUCUUCGGCUACCCGAUUGCACAUUCAUACGCGCCUUACCUUCACAACACUGUCUUUGAGCAGCUGGAAUUACCAUGGGGCUUUCGAUUACUAGAAUCAACGGACAUGAGCCAGUUUCUGACUCUGCUCAAGGAUCCAAGACUCUAUGGCUCCGCAGUGACCAUGCCUCAUAAGGUGGCGAUCAUCCCGCACCUAGACGACUUGACAGAGGAAGGUCGAGCAGUGGGUGCCGUGAAUACGAUCUUCCGCAGAGGAGACCAGUUCGUCGGAACUAAUACGGACACAAUCGGCGUGAGGGAAAGCUUUUACCAGAACAUAUCACGGCCUGAUGAAGUCUUUCACGGACGGCCUGGGAUGGUCGUUGGCGGCGGUGGCGCGGCUCGGUCGGCUGUGUAUGCUCUUGUCAAGUUUAUGCGUUGCGAAAAGGUGUACGUUGUGAAUCGUGAUCCGUCUGAGGUGGAGGCUGUCAUGAGCUGGUGCAAGUCCCAAGGCUAUGGAGAUGGACUUGUUCAUGUCAAGUUAGCUGCUGAGGCGGAAGCACUGGAAGGUCCCGGUGCCAUCGUGGCUUGCGUACCCAACUUCCCUCCCGUGACUGACGCCGAGAAGGAGGCUCGAAGGAUAACAGAAAUCUUCCUGAACAAGUCGCAUAAAGGCGCUAUGCUCGAAAUGUGCUACCACCCGUCACCAUGGACCGAGCUUGGAGCUAUAGCGGAGCAAGCUGGCUGGCAAGUCAUCCUCGGCACAGAAGCGAUGAUCUAUCAGGGCCUCGAGCAACACACAUUGUGGCACGGACGGACAAUCGAGGACCUGCCGGUCGCUGCGGUGAAGGAUGUCAUUGCGCAAGAGCUGGCAAAAGCCAGGUUGUAG